AUGUUGAGUUUCAUAAGGUUUUAUGACUCCCAUCAUAGGCAGUCUUCUAUGCCAAUUCCUAAUAAAAAGUGGCAAUCUCCCCCUCCUGGUUACUUUAAACUCAACGUUGAUGGUGCACUUAGCUUGAGUUCUGGUUUACGUGGGGUUGGUGUAGUGGUCAGAGAUUCCUAUGGUCAUCUUUGUGGGGCGGUAGGGAUGCGUGCUCAUAGCUUGCCUACUGUGUUGUAUACUCUCAAAAUUGGUAAUUCCUUUGCGGUGGAUGCUUCUCUCACGCCUCUCAUUAUUGAGUUUGACUCUUCGAUCUCCAUUCAUUUGAUCCUUCAGGAAGAUCCCUGUUAUGCGGCAGAAGGGGCUCUCCUCAAAGAUAUUCGCGGGCUCCUCGCCUUGCCCCCUCCUACUCAGCCCGCUUUGUUCCCCGCACAACUAACGGAGUGGCGAAUCGUCUUGCGCGCUUCAGUCUUGGUCAAGAGGCCUUAG